AUGUCUGGACUGCUUUGGGAGAUCUCCAAGGAUGAAGACUUCAGCAGCUCUCUGGGCAAUCUCUGCCACUGCCCCAUCACCCUCACAGUAAAAAAACAUGUGAUGCUGCCUAGAGAACUUUCAAAACAAGUGCCAAAAUCCCAUCUAAUGUCUGAAGAGGAGUGGAGACGACUUGGUGUUCAGCAAAGUCUCGGCUGGGUUCACUAUAUGAUCCAUGAGCCAGAACCGCAUAUUCUUCUCUUCAGAAGACCUCUUCCAAAGGAUAAAGUGGAGAGUCUGUUGCGAGGCGGUGUGGACUUCCCGGUCGCUUUAAAGAUGGGUGCACAAAUGCUCACCAGUAACAACAGCGUUGCACUGCACAUGGACUUAUUUCCUGCCAAAAAACGUUUUGUUUCUCAGGGCAUCAAGUUGUCAGCAGAGGUCAAACCAUUUGUUCCAAAACAUGCAGCGGUAACUGUGGCAUGGUCAGAACCCUCAGAAGCAUGUGUCUUUCCUAGGUACUUAACUACAUGCUACCCAUUUGUUCAGGAACCGUCUUUGGAUAAGCAACAAGUAUACGCUGAAGAUUUGCCCUGGGAUGACUUCUCAUCUCUUUCUCAAUGUCCAUCACAUAGUGUUCUGGGAGAUCCUGCCUUCUGUGAAUACUCCAGCUGCUCUUACUCACCUGAUGUUGUUUCAAAUGUAUGUCCAGUAGCUGGCUCACAAUAUCAUUCUAACAACUCAACACACUAUAAUGGUUCAGGAAUAGUCAGUGAAUCUGCUGAGCAAACAUAUCCAAUCAGACAAGAAAGUAAGACUCUUUCAAAGCAGAGGAGAUCGAAAGAGAGUGAGAAAAAAUUAGACAAGAAGAGGCAUGGUGGAGAUGACUCUUCUAUCAGAAUCAUGAACAGGACUUCGUUCCAGACCUCCGCAUGCAGCAGAGAUUCCGUGAAGCCAGACAGGUUCAAUAAAACUACAAACAAGAAGUCAACUCAGACUCCCAAAACAGAGUCUUUUCCUGUACACACAUUUGAAGCUACCGUUCUGGAUUUCUGCAAGUCACAGAGCUUGGGAAGCAGUGAGAUAUUGAAUGUACAGCAUAAAAGUGGACCAGAAGAUAGUUCUGUGGAAAGCAAAGCUUCAUCAAAAACUUUAGAUGAAACAGGAGCCAGCUUAAUUCCCUCUUCAUUUGAUGGUAGAGACAUGCACCAGUCUGAGUCUGUUUCGGAGAUGGCUGGGGCUGGCAGAGUCCUUCUUCUCACAGAGGUCACCCCUGCAGCCUCCCAAAACCUACCACUACCAAAACGUUGCAAUGCAAUUGUUCAAUGA